ACACGUCACAGAAGUCUCGUACCAUAAACAGUUCACGUGUUUACGUUACCACACGUAGUAGUAUAGUGUCCCUUCGAAAUUACUGCCGAUCAAGUCGACGUAGUGCCCGUUGCAAGAUUAUGAGCUCGUGCUGACGAGGUUGCAAGAACCUAGCAAGCAUUUUCUUCGCCUCCGAACCUCCCUGACGAAUUUCUGAGUAGGUUGCAACUCGCAUUUCUUUGUUAGGUUCCGCUAGCGCUAUCGUCGUACAGUCCCGAACGGGAAACGGAGUCCCUUGAGGUUGUCAUAGAAUGGAUAAAAACAAAGGGAUCGAUUUCGAUGAGACCGAUCAUGUGGAAAGACGCUUAGCCUUCUGUCAUAACAUCGUCGGUCCGAGCCAGGGUAUGACAGGUGAAGACGGCCUGUUUCCAAGCAAUAGUUCUUCUGUCAAUCGAUCUCCAUCAGCUGAGAAGCACGGGAAAAACAACAAUCAUCCCGAGCAGAGAGACGAAGAAAAUGAGGACGUGAAUGGUGAUAAUGAACCAGAAGCGAACCAGGAUGAUCAAGAGCCGGACGAGGGUCACGAGCCGGAAACCGAUACUGAUCAAGAUCUAGAGCAAGAUCCAGAGCAAGGCAACGAGACAGAUCCCGAGUUUUCGUCCGCGUUAGAAGACGCGCUCCAGCAUGAGGACGUGUCAUCGACCAUGCUUCUUUCGCACAGGUCAUUCGCGUUUUUGUCGCGGACACGUGGCAGGCGGCCACUGGUGGAGGACAUUCAGCCGUGGCUUCUGAGCAAGCGAGCCGCUUGGCGUGCGAGGCAACGAGCCUAUCGCCUCGGCUACGUGGUGUCAUCUCUCUCCCCAACGACCUCCUCUGCCUCUCAACUCGACCUUAUAACGAAGGGCGCUGAGAGCGACUCGCUCUCUCCUCCGCCUCCUGGCAUUCGCCGAAGUCACAGCAUCAGUGAGACGAGCAAGCCGGGACUGCAUCCCUUCCCCUGCCCACAGUCUCAUGGCUCUGGUUCCGGUUGUUCUUGUAACGGUGCCUUGGCAAUCAGGCUCCCGGAAUUCCAGCGUCCGGGGAGGCUGGAGGGCGUCUUGAAGGAGGAAGGAGAGGAGGGGGAGAGUGUGUGUGAGAGAGAGGAGGGAAGUGCAUGUGUUGGGCGGAGUGAGGAAGGCGACAAAAUGGGCAGCAGCAGGGACGAGAUUGGAGGAAGUGAAACGGGUGGUAAUGAGAAUGCUGGUGACGAGACGAGUGGUGGUGAGAUGCUACCGCCCCCAGGUGGAGCCUCCCCCAUUGGCAUCAGCUCUAUCUCCAGACCGUCUAUGGGGGGAAUGGUAGCAGAGGAUGACGUUCUAAUGAGGGCCUCCUGGCCUAUGGCUGAUGGUGUGACUAUGUGGGAUUGUUACAGUCAGGGGACUGCUGGAGGAUGGAGUAAGGAGCCAGGGCUAGCCAGUAGGGUCGUGCCAGGUGGCCCAGGUGGAACGGGCGGAGGGAGUGGAGUGACGGAGAGAGGGGAUGCGAGAGCAUGUGUGAUUGGAGAGGAUCAGGUGCAAGACGUAAGGCAUGAUCCUUCCAAGUUAGGCGCAGAUGGCAGUAGCAGUUUAGAGGAGCAGCCCAAUAACCAUGAGGGGGUGCUCGUGCGUCCACCAUGUGGGAAGGGAGUGGAGGUAGAUAGUGCUCCCAUGCGUGCGGCUGCUGCUAACGUGCCCGCCGCCGCCGCCGCCGCCGCCGCUGCUGCUGCUGAUGCUGCUGAUCCUACUCCCCUUCCUCCUGUUCCUGCUCCUGAUUCAUCCAGCGUCGCUGUUUCGCCGCCUGUAGCUGCUGUUGUAGUGGGGCCAGGGAGAGUUGAGGGGCAGGGUGAAGAAGCGGAGGCGAAAGGGGAAACCUGCAGAGGGAAUGGGGAGGUGAAACAGGGUGAGACGCUGUCCGAGCCCCCAGUAGGAACGGCAGACGAAAACCUUGAGUCACGCGAACGGCAGUUUGAUGGUGCUUUUGAUGGUGCUGCUGCUGCUGGUGUUGGGACUGGAGCUGCUGCUGCUGCUGCUGCUGCUGCUGGUGUUCGUGCCGGUGCUGGUGUUCGUGCCGGUGCUGGUGCUGGUGCCAGUGCUGGUGUUGGCCUUGAUCUUGGUCAUAGCGUUGGUGCUGCCGCCACAGCUAUGGCUGCCGUUGGUGGUGAUGGUGUUGAUGACGUCUGUAAGGGGCUCGACGAGGCUCGGCUCGCCGAGGCUGGCAAGAUGGAGGCUCGGAUGCACGAGUACAGAUGCUUGGAUUGGAAGCAGCAGCUGGGGAGGGCUGCUGAGCUGGACGUCCGCGUGGGCGGAUUUGAUUGGUCGGACCUCGUAGCACUGUACCGCACUGAGGUGGGAGGAGAGGGUAGCUCGGCUGUAGCAGGAGGAGUAGGAGGAGGAGGAGGUGGGGGAGGAGGGGGAGAGGGAUUGCCUGACGCACCUGUGAUUGAGAAGAGCGGUAGUGUGGAGGUGACCGUCAACUCUGGUGGAAUCGUGUAUUUCGCACUGUUCCGCCAGCGGCCCGAGCCAGGCCCAAAAGGGGACGAAUCCGGCCACAGAAGAGCGGACGGCGAAGCAGCUGAAGCUGAGACAAGGGCCAUUGGGGCACCCCAAAAUGCGUCUCAGAUCCGAGACAACAGAGGGGUAGGAGCUAGACGAGAGUGGAUGGACCCCCAACCUCAACUAGCCGCAGCGUGCAUCAAGUUUGCUGGAUCGCGCAUCGUCACGCAGUCGGAGCGAUUUGGAGCUGAGCUGGCCAUGCACCUUGGGAUCGCCACGCCCCAGGUGCGAGUGGUGCACAGAGGAAAUCACGGCAGGAGCAGCACGCACAGCAGCCCAAUCCUCUGUAGCAACAGCAACACCAACACCAACACCGACAGCAGUAGCACCACCAUCACUGGAAGAAGGAGGGCGACAGUAGCGACCGGCAGCCCAGCUUCUCUGGCUGCUUCUGCUGCGUGGAAUUCGCCUCUCCCCACCUGUAGUGCUGACCGCAGCGCCGACCCUUUCACGCUGGAUAAGGAAAAUCUGCAGCAGGGCUUUUCAGGCCGAAUGGAGCGGUCCGUUUUGGCCAAUGACCCAUCCUGGUCUGCCCAUGAGCUUGCAGUGCAGCAGACCAGGGAGUGGGAGGAGGUGCUGAGCCGAUGCUUCCUGCUCAUGGGGCAUGUGAAGGGGCAAUCUUUUGUCUCCUGCCCACGAGACGAGCUUUUCCCUGAUCAAUCUGCCCGGGAAAAAACAGCGCACUCAUUGGGCCGCGUGCUUCUGCUAGAUAUUAUGUUGAGGAACGAUGACCGGUUACCCUGCCCGGAACUGGGCUGGAGGGGUAACCGCGGCAACAUUCUAUGCUCCGACCGGCCGUUACUGAAGGCGUGGGAGAGAGAAGAGAAGUUGAAGGAGGGGGAGGGGGGAAAGGGAAUGGGUGCUGAAUUAGAAUCUAGGAGGCAAGGGGAAUUAAGGAGGGAGGGUCGAGGACGAGGAAGCGGAGAGAGGGGGAGGGGGAGGGGAAGGGGAAGGGGGCGAGGCAGAGGUAGAGGUCGAUCUCAUAGUGAAACGAAAGAGGCUUCCGGCUUUCCAAGUGCCAUAUCAAAGCACUCCAUUGUGGGGAAUAUCCUACCACUUUCACAGCAGCAGCAGCCGCAGCAGCAGCAGCAGCAGCAGCUGAAGCAGCCUGCAAGUCAGGGGUUAAAGCAGCAGCCAGUGGGGCAAGAGGCACCACAGACGCCGCAGCAGGUAGUGGGUCAGGAGGCACAUCAGCUUCUGGUGGGGCAGGAGGUGGUGGUGAUAGAUUCGUCCAUCUGCCGCCGCGUGCCACCCAGCCUGGCGGAGCACGACCGGGACGCCAUCCCCCGCCUCGUGCAGCUGCUGCUGCAUGACCCCUGCUUCGCCGCCCACACGCUCUUCCACGCCUCCUUCGGGGCACUGGGCCAGUUGGGCGAGCCCACUCCAGGCCAUGUGCAAUCAACUCCCACCCAUGGGGUCGUGGCUCCCGGCCCGAUGUGUGCUGCCGAGGAUGGUUUUCCUUCCGCCUCUUUCUCAUCGUCGUUGUCGUUUUCAUCCUCGCUAGAAUCAUCCUCGUUUGGCUCGUCUGACUCAUUGCCUCCCAGUGCUUCUGGGACAGGUCUGGCUGCUGCUGCUACAGCAGCUUCUACAGGUGGUGGUGCUGCUGCUGCUGCUGCUGCUGGUGCUACAGGAUCCUUCCCAGCUGUUAUUGAAGCUGGAAUGGCUCUAGAGAGGUCUGCUUAUGCUACAGAAUGUGUAACCGCCCCCUCCGCUCCGACCAGCACCAUUCCCGCAACCAUCGCCGUAACUACCACCACCACCAGCAUCACCACCACCACUAUCACAACCACUGAGUCCGGCGCCACAAGUAUCGCCACAAUCAGCAGUACCAGCGGCACCACCACCACCAGCAGCACCACCACCAGCAGUACCAGCAGCACCACCACCAGCAGUACCACCAGCAGCACCACCAGCAGUACCAGCAGCAGCACCAGCAGCAGCUUAUCCAGUCAAAGGUCUACCAUUGCUCAGUUAGCAGCAGCUGCGCACCCCCCUGUGUCCCCAGAAACCCGUGCGUUCCAGCAGGGGUUUAGGGAAGCAGUGGAGGAGAUGCGCCGCGUGCAGCGCACGCUAUCUGCCCUGCACUCGCGGCUGGACGACAUGCUGAGAGCGUUCCUGGCGUUUGUGACUUCGGUGCCUGAGCUGGACGGGGGAGGGGAGGGUGGGCGAGGCGGGGAGUGCGGGAGAGGAGGGGAGAAUGGGAGCGGAGGGGAGAAUGGGAGCGGAGGGGAGAAUGGGAGCGGAGGGGAGAAUGGGAGCGGAGGGGAGAAUGGGAGCGGAGGGGAGAAUGGGAGCAGUGGGGGUAGAAUUGGGUAUGGUGGUAGAAGGGGCAGUGCCGCCAAGGAGGAGAGGGCUGGAGGCGAGGGAGGAGAUGGGGAGAAGGCAGGAGGAGGAGGAGGCAGCAGGAGAGAAGGAGAGGGCGUAGGCGGAAGGGGGGAGCUGGUAGAUAUAAACACAACAACCCCGUUUCCUUUCCGCAAGGGGUCUCGCAUUCUCUCCCCAUCCUCCGUCCACAGGCCACGGCUCGACAGCAGCAGCAGCAGAGGCUGUGAUGGCAGCAGUAGAGCCUGCAGCAGCAGCAGCGGAUGUGAGGGCAAUGAUGCCAGCAGCAGUGGUAACGGUGGUGGCUUUGGCCAUAACAGUGGCGCUGGCUGUGCCGGGUGGGUAGGACCCGCUGCAAGACGAUCCUCGCCGUCCAUCUCAUGCCGCACUGCGCACAUCUCUGCGAGUAGACUGGACUUUGGGAAUGCCGGUGUGGGGGGGACGCGCGACAGCCGAGAAAACGGUGGUGGUGGUAGUAGUAGCAAUGGCGAUUGUGGUGGUGGUGGUAGUCGAGUCGAUUUUGGCAGCAGCGGGAAUUGUAAUGGCGACCCUAAGGACAGCAUGGAGGGUGCUACUGCUAGAGAGCUAAAUGCCCCAACUGCAGCACAGAGGGCUACCGACAAUGCUGAGAAGACACCUGUCAUGGAUGGAGGUGUCCGCUGCUCCGAACUUCUCCCUCCACCUCCUCCCUUUCUCUCACCUGUUCCCGAAGCCGACCCGAUCUCCCCAGACUCCGCCCCUCCUUUUGAGUCGACUCAAAAGUCGUCUCCUCCACCUCCUCCCUCCCUUUCACCUGUUCCUGAGGCCGACCCGGUCUCCCCUGAUUCCGCGCCUCCCUCAGCCACUGCUGCAGUAGCCAGAACCACAGCAACAGCAUCUCCUUCCACGUCAUCAGCAGCCCAUACCACGUCAUCAUUGUCUCGCGACUCGUCCGUUGCAUCUGCCAAGGCCAGCAGGUCCCUACGGCUGUCCUUUACCCACCCUUCUUCCACGUCGGCAGAGGAACCACUAGAAAGUUCUUCCAAAGAACCGCCCCAUGAUCUACCCUCCCCAGUAACACCUUCCCCUCGCACUGCCAACAAUCACAGUAACGAUCUGUGGUCCCCUCACACUCCCAGGGAGUUCGAAUCCUCUCUAAACUCCUCCCCUCAGGUCCCCCUCUCGCCCCGCGCUCCCCUCUCCCCUCACGCACCUCUCUCCCCCGAAGCUUCUCCCUCUAACAAAUCCCCCCCUUCCUCCAUUCCCCCGUCUCCUAGUGAAGACUCCUACUCUCAGCACGUUAUGAGGCGGAUAUCACCUCCCCCAAUCAUGCCUCCCUCUGCUGCUGGGCCUGCUUACGGCUACUCACGCUCGGAUUCCCGUGCUGAUUCUGCUUCAGCAGACCCCGUGUCCCGUACUGCUCUCUCCCAGCGGCCCCGUGCCCCCCCUCCCUCCCCUGCUCUCUCUGCUCCCGCCUCUCCCGCCCCUCCCUGCUCUCCCGCUCCCCCCCGCUCCCCGCACCCCCUCUUUCCUCCGACUGGCCUCGUUCCCCCAUUCCCCCUCGCUCCCCUGCUCCCCCUCGUUCCCCUGCACCCCCUCGCUCCCCAAUCCCUCCCCGCUCCCCUGGCCCCCCGCGCUCCCCUGUGCCUUACCGUCGUGCCACUGCUGGUGCCGCCCACUCGCCCCGCCUCCUGCGCUCCCCUGCUCGCUUCAAUCCGCGCUCUCCUUCUCUCACUAAAGACAGCAGCAACGGAAGAGGUGGCGAGGAGAGCAUCAGCAGCCGCAGCAGGAGCAGGAGAAGGAGAAGGAGAAGGAGAAGCCACAGCGGCAGGGGAGGAAGAAGUAGAAGGGGAAGUGUCAGCGGCGCGUAGAACGAGCAGAGGGAACAGAGGGAGCAGAGGUAGCAGAGGGAGUGAUUCCCCAGAAGCAGAUUCUGCUACCGCUGCUGCUGCUGCUGCCGCCGGUACUGGCGGUACUGGUGCUGUUAGCGCCGCUGCUAGCACUGCCAGCUCGCCUCCCACCCGUGCAACCUCCCCUAUGUCUCUCUCCUCCGCCUUCUCCUCCCCUCCCUCCACCCGCCCUUCACCCAUAAUCCGCCCUGCCAACCACCGGCAGAAGCACACCCACCCAUCUCUUCCCACCACCCCUGCCACUGACACUGCCCCCUCUGCCGCUCAUACUGCCCCGUCGCUCGAUGCUGCCGCUUUUUCUAAUGCUGCCACUGAUACUGCUCAUACCAGCACCAGCAGCAUAAGCACUCCCACUGCGGCCCACUCCCGUCUCCCCUACCGUAGCCCCACCCCUCGCUCCUCCCACAAAACCCCCUCGUCUCACAAAACCCCCGCCAACCCCCGCCACGCGCCCGCCUCUAUUAGCAAAUCAGCAGCAAAAGCAGCUGCCUGGAGGGCGUCUCUGGGUGGUUUACCCUCGCGAUUAAGCAUGAAGAUACGCGGAGUGAGGAAAUCCGCUCAGGGGGACGAGGAGUUGAGGGAGCAGGUGCAGCGGUGGGACGGGCGCAUGAGGGAGGAGGCUGGGAGGAUCUGCGGGGCGGCUGCGCUGCCGUUUUUGACAGGGUUUAUGGAGGCGAGUGGCGGGGGAGGGGCGCACAGCCUGGUGGACGCCUACGAACUCAAGGUUCGCCUGCACCAUCUCUUGGAGCGCUGGGCGCUGGUGCAAGACUCCAUGGCGUCUGAGCGCCCCUCGUUGAUCCUCCCGCACCUGUACCUGGGGUCCGCCAUCGCCGCCCGCUCCUUCGCCCUCCUGCACCAUCUGGGUGUGAAGCACGUGGUGACGCUCUGCCCCACUGACCUGCUGGACCCUGAUGCGGAGCAAUCCCCCCUCUUCACCUACCUCGUUCUGCCGAUGCGCGACUCAGACCGGGAGGAUCUGGGAAAGUACAUGGAAGCGACCAGCAGCUUCCUGGAAGCUGCCAUCAGCAAGGGAGAGGGCGUGCUGGUGCACUGCUAUGAGGGCCGCAGCCGAUCGGUGUCCAUCGUGCUGGCCUACCUCAUGACCAAGAGGCUGAUGCCCCUGGCAGAGGCAUGGGUGCUGCUGCACUCCGCCCACCCCCAUGCUGCCCCCAACACCUCUUUCCUCCGCCAGCUAGUGGCGCUCGACCGAAGGCUCUUCCACCCCCACGGCCCUCCGCCUCCUGCUGCCACUGACCCCUCUGCUGCCACUGACCCCUCUGCUGCCACUGACCCCUCUGCUGCCACUGACCCCUCUGCUGCCACUGCUCCCGCUGCCACUGCUGCUCGUACUGCUCCUGCACCUUUCCGCCCACUUCCCUUGAUGCUUCCCCUGGCAAUAGUGGUGGUGCUGGGGCAGCAGACACGGCAGCGCACAGUGUUGCUGCUGAAACGUCCUUUCCGCACUCCUCGCCCACCCUCCUGUCUACUGCUGCUGCCACUCCUCCUCCCACUCUGCCAUCUCCUCACCUCCCCACCUCUGGCCCUGCCUCUGCUCCUGCAGUGGUUGCAUCCUCUGCCCUUCCACGCAUCUCCUCCCCUUCCCCCUCCUCCGCCUCCAACUCCGCCUCCAACUCCGCCUCCCCACCUCGCCCUUCUCCCUCCCUUGGUGCCCUCGGGGCCGAAUGAGCCGGCCCACGGUGCGCGUGUGUGCCGUGUGCGGGAAAGCAGCCGGGCUUAGUAGCGACUCGCUGAGAGCACAUAUGAGGAGGAUGCACCCUGGUACCCCGCUGCCCCGCCCUCUGAAAGCAGCACCCUGAGCUGUCUUUGGAAGUAGUGCUAAGUGUGUGCCAUGUGCCGGAAAGCAGCAGGACUCAGCAGGGACUCGCUGAGAGCACAUAUGGACAUGAGGAGGACGCACCCUGGCACACCGCUGCCCCCUCUGAAAGCAGUGCCGUAACAAGGAAUGUACCCCCCCCCUCCCCCUCCUCACCCCCGCCUCCCCCCCUUGUUCAACUGCUCCUCCUCGGCCCCUUCGUCCUCCUAUGUUGGAGUGCAAGAAGGAUGAGAGUACAGCUGGUUCAUAAUGACAUGCUACAGUAUGCUGCGUGUAACACAAGUGACGUCAUCUCCCAGAGCCACUGUAUAUAAUGACAUGGUCCAGGAUGUUUCUAUGGUGCUGACUCGUUUUUAACUCGAUUAGUUGUUUUAAUCUAACCAAGUUAUCCUUCCAGUGCCAAAAUCCGCAAUCUAC